AUGGAAGGAACGGAUAAGAUAAUCCAUGAAAUAAAAGGAGAUUUCUCACAACUCUCCAAAACUAUUGUGUCUCACUCUACCUCCAUCAAGCAAUUAGAAACCCAAAUUGGGAAAAUUUCAACUCAAAUAAAUGCUAGGCCAAGUUGUGGUCUUCCUAGUGACACUAUUGUAAACCCAAAAAAUAAUGCUCAAGUUUUAGCAAUAGUCAUUAGAAGUGGAAGGACCCUUGGUGAUCUCUUGAUAGAAGAUUUGGGUGAAAAAGUGCCUAAGGUUAAACCAAAAGAUGUACCACCACAAUCUCAUGAACAAGAAAACAAUAAAAAGGAAUUGGUGAAAGUUGAUGAUGAGGUGGUUGAGAAUGAGAAGCGACAAAAUAAUGCAAGACCCACAAUCCAAGUCCCUACCCCAUUUCCGCAAAGGUUACAUAGAAAAGAGGAGGGUGAAAAACUCAAGAAAUUUAUGACCAAGCUUAGCAAUCUUUCCAUAAAUAUCCCAUUGCUUGAAGCGAUCCAAGAGAUUUUAAGAUAUGCUAAGCUCAUGAAAAAGUUGAUGUCCAAGAAAAAGCUCAUCAAAGGUGACAAAAUUGAAGUCAGCCAUGGUUGUAGUGUUAUUGUGAGUAGCAAGGUUGCGGAGAAGAAGGAAGUCCCUGGAGAAUUCAUCAUCCCUUGUACCAUUGAAACACAUAUGUUUGCGAAAGCUCUAUGUGACCUUGGUGCAAGUAUGAACCUCAUGCCUUUUUCCAUUUAUAAGAAUCUUGGAUUGGAUGCCCCAAUCCCGAUAUUUAUGAGACUCUUAAUAGUGGAUAAGUCGAUCAAGAGACCGAUCAGAAUUUUGUUUGAUGUUCUGGUUAAGUUGCGCAAAUUUAUACUUUCGGUGAAUUUUGUGGUUCUGGAUUGUAAAAUGGACCAAGAGGUAAAAAGAGUUAUGAAGAAGUAUAUCUUUGGUAGCUCAGAUACUUUUAACUAUGAUUAUGGUGAAGAAGUGAUGGAUAUAAUGAAGAUAGAUAUUAUGGAGGCUAUGGAUAUAACCAUGACCAAGAUUUAUGUAAGGAAGAAAGCUACUACUCUAGAUGAGAAUAUGAGGAGAAUGGUGGCUCUAUCUCUUAUAGAGAAGAUGGAGAGGAUGAAGAGCCUUGUGAUGGUUCUUAUAAGGAAGAAGGGGCAUGUGAAGACUAUUACACUCCCCACUCUGAGCAUGAAGGUAAUGUAA